AUGAGGUCUCUCAAAAGUAGAGGCAAGGCGUGGGCCAGAUGCGCUUGUCUUGGCCUUGCCAGUAGUUGUGUUGCCAGUAUUGCUGCUGGCGCGUCACCUCCAGUACGCGUUAGUUUACAUACCUCUUGGCCGGCGGUACCGUUGUUGCUUGAAGCAAUAGAGUCAGUGUCAACAGAAGAACCAGGAGCUUUCUUCCCCUUACUAGAUGCACUCGUGAAUUCGGAUUCCCUGCCAUCAUUAGACACUUUAUCUCCGGAAGCUAUACAUCAAGCGACCUUGAAAACUGCUACUUUGCUGGGUUAUUUACAGGAUCCGGAGUCGUAUGCGAGCGUUGAGCUGCAGAUUGCAUUGCAUGCUGCUGCGCCGAAGGUGCAGGCAUUUUACCAGUUCUACGUUGACCAAAAGUACCCGACAUUGGGUGAAGAGUGUGGCUCGUGGGUUGAAUGGUAUGGAGAACGAGUGUGCGAUUUAGAUACGCUUGUACGGUUUGCGGGACAUGAGAUGAUUGAUGCGGAUGAGCAGAUUACGAAUACGACUUAUAUCCGACCAAAACUCCUCCCCUUCGACCACAUCCUCCCCGACCCAUCUCGCUCACUCGAGCCUCCACCUCGGACAGCGAUCUUCUACGCUUCCCCGACUUCUCGGAAUUUCCGGGAAUUGCAUUCGUAUUUGUAUAAACUCGCUAGUACGCCGAAACCGAGAGUGGAGUAUGUUUUCCGGCAUAUACCUACGUUACCAGAUGGAGAUGAAUCUAUCGGGAAGAGCUACCUCUCUGGGUACGGAGUUGCGCUGGAUUUGAAGAAGACGGAUUAUUUGGCUGUGGAUGAUAGACGGUCCGCGUCUAGAGAUCCCUUGGAUGGAGAUGCUUCCACCGAGGUUCAAGACGAAGAAAUCGAUUUAAUAAAGACUCUAUUGGAUCAAUACCCCGAGAGUAGCGUUACCGACGCAUCGAGUUCUUUGUCAGAAGAGGAGCUGCGAAUUAUUUCCAUCAAGGCCACUCAGCUCGUUGCCAACUCGUCGGACCCACUAACAACACUCAAACAUCUAUCUCAAAACUUCCCAAAAUAUGCGUCGGGGCUCUCACAACGCAUCAUCCUCAACAACAGUCUAGUCGCCGAAGUACUGGAUAACCGGAUGAAAGCUGCAGGAGGUGUGAACAUGAUGUGGUUAAACGGGAUUACAGUACAAGAAACAGACUUGACUCCGCUCGGACUGCUCAGGAUUUUACGAAAGGAACGCGGGGUUGUACAAUCGUUAACGUCGUUAGGCCUAUCUUCGGGUCAAGCUGUAGAUCUCUUGACACAUAAAGCUAUCGGACUCGCUCAAAGUGAGAGCGCGGAAGUGCUCGAUGCGUUGUUCGAUGCGAGUGAUAGACCUGAGGGUGGAGAUGCGAUUGUCUGGUGGAAUGAUUUGACGAAGGAUUCGAGAUACGCGAAGUGGAAUCCGUCUCUUACAGGACUUCUUCGCCAACUGUACCCGGGUCAAUUCCACAACGUCAGGCAAAACCUAAUAAACGUCGUCCUCGUAGCCGACCUCUCGCAAAUGAGUAGUUUGAACUUCAUCGCUGGCCCAGUGAGCAAUAUCAUCAGUAGAAACUUCCCUAUUCGAUUUGGUGUUGUCCCUAGUGCGGAGACUGAGGAGGGGAAGAAAAUGGCUAGACUGUUUUAUUACUUGAUAAACUCGUUCGGCCGAGCGAAGACUAUGGGUUUCUUGUCUCGCGUAGGACAAAUCAACGUGCCUCCUCAAUUCCUCAACCCCGAAGUAGACUGGGAUCUCGUGAGGCGCGAGUUCGCGGAGCUACAGCGUGAAAAUGCUCUACUCGAGGACGAGGAGAAACGUGUGCCUGUGGUGGAUUUUGAUUCUAUUCUCGAUGGAUCGUACGAAGAACCCAAGUCCGAGGAUGAAAGUGAAAGCGAAAGCAGAGCCGAAGCCGAGACCGAGGCUCAAAUUGAAAUCACCAAACCGACGAUAGGCGAACAGAUUGAGAGAGCUCAUCUGUAUGCUCAACGGUUGGACGCAACCCCUGCGUCUUGUCCGAGUGGUCAUGCUUUUGUGAACGGGAAGCAUUUCGACCUUGAUGAUACGUUCCUAAAGCAACUGCAAAACGAAAUGUCUAUGCAGAUACAGUUCUUGCAGGAAAAGGUCUACAUGGCGGAAAUCAGCGAUGAGAACGCAGAUACUAUCGAUACAUACUUCUAUGACCUUCCUAGUACGGAUCUUCGACGGAACCGCUAUAUAUUCCCUUCUACAUCUUCGAAACCGGGACCUCUAGGAUCUGUUAGUGGCCUGCGAAUUGUGAACGUUCCUGAGAUGUUCGAGAAGAGUGGGUUUGCUCCGGGAUCUGGGGCGUAUUUGUAUCCGGAAUCCGAGGAGGUCCUUGAGACUACGUUUAUUGUUGCUGACUUGGAUAGUGAGGGUGGCAUAGCGCUGAUGCGAGAAGCUUUACGUUCUUUGGAGUCCUCCGGCACAGUCACUCGGUUGUCAUUUGUUCAUAACCCUAGUCUCGACACCACGACCACACAUAAUCCUCAACGCCAUAUCUCGCCUAUUAUCUCCCAUCUAAUCGCACACGACCUCCUUUCGAAGAUCUCGCUGAAAGAAUUUGACGUGCUCUUAAGCCCCGAAACAUCCAGUUUCAGCUCUGGCAAUUCGGGAUCGUCAACUGACCAGCUCGUGUUAUCUGAAAACUCUGUAGUCUAUCAGUUACUUCGUGAUGUUGGUGUUUCGAUGGACGGGUUGAGCGACGCUGAAGCGCACGAACGAUAUACUGUGGCUAGCGGGCUGCUUGUAAGGGAGUUGGGAAUUGGGCUUGGAGAGUUGAGUAUUGUGGUUAAUGGAAGAAUCAUUGGGCCUGUUGAGCCAUUCGACUUUACCGCAGCAGAUUUCACGACACUCGAAAAUUAUGAGCUACGCAAACGGACCAAGCCUGUCAUCGAAGCGUUGACCAAUCUUACGAUAACAUCAGAAGGUCGUAAUAGGAUUGAGUAUGGACAUUUGGUCUCGAUGGCAUCGUCGGUCAUUUCUGCCGUUCAGCUAUCUGAUCCAAGCGAGCAAGGCUUGUUCAAUGGUAACUUACGUCCGAGACAGCGAAAUUAUCGACACUUGGCGGGCAAUUACACUUCGUUCUCCUUUGGUGACCCUGAGACCGCUGCAUAUCAAUUCGGUGUCCUGGUGGAUCCACUGAGUGAAGCCGCGCAGAAGUGGUCUGUCUUCCUUGAGUGGCUUUCUGCUAUUCCCUCCGUAUAUAUUCAGGUAUACUUAAAUCCGGGUGUUUACAAUGAGGUUCCUCUCAAACGUUUCUAUCGCUUCAAUCUCCCUUCACGGCUUUCUUUCGAUGAAAACGGUGCUGAAGUCGAAGCAGAGACAGUGAUGGACAAUCUACCAAUUGAACCCCUCUAUACCCUAGCUAUGGACGUACCACCGGCAUGGCUAGUCCGACCCCGAGAGGCAUUCUACGACCUUGACAACAUCCAAUUAUCUACUCUUUCACCUGAAGACCGCGAGCACGGCCUCUCAGCGAUCUUCGAACUCGAUUACAUCGUCAUCGAAGGCCAUGCGCGCGAAGGACUCACGGUUAUGCCACCGCGUGGUCUGCAAAUGCAGUUAACUUCUUUGGAUGGAUCGCCUGUAGCUGAUACGCAAGUGGUGCUGAACAUGGGAUACCUCCAGUUUAAGGCGAAGCCUGGUGUUUUCCAGCUGGAUAUUCGGGAGGGACGCGGACGUGAUGUGUACGAGUUGGAGAGUGCUGGAAAUGAAGGCUGGAAUAGUCCGAAUGUUUCUGUCGCUGGGAACGAGAUCACUCUUACGAGCUUUGAGGGAUUGACUUUGUAUCCUCGGGUGAGGAGACGGCCCGGUAUGGAGAACGCUGAUGUUCUCGAUGAGUUCGUCAUGGGUGAGGAGGGUGGCAAGGGACUGUUUUCUGAUAUCGCGUCACGCGUUGUGUCUUUCUUCCGUCCGAAGGGUCCAAUUGUUGAGACUAUCGCACCUACUCAGGCAGACAUCAACAUAUUUACUGUUGCGUCCGGACUUUUGUACGAGCGUUUUGCAUCUAUCAUGAUCCUGAGCGUCUUGAGGAACACUCAAAGCACCGUCAAGUUCUGGUUUAUUGAGAAUUUCUUAUCGCCAUCUUUCCUCGAAUUCCUGCCACACUUCGCAGAAGCCUAUAACUUCCAAUACGAGCUAGUCACAUACAAAUGGCCAUCCUGGCUGCGGCAGCAAAAGGAGAAACAACGGAUCAUCUGGGCUUACAAGAUUCUCUUCCUCGACGUGCUCUUCCCGAUGGACCUCAAGAAAGUCAUCUUCGUCGAUGCCGACCAAAUUGUGCGUGCGGACUUGAAGGAACUCGUUGAUUUGGAUUUGCAUGGUGCGCCGUAUGGGUAUACACCGAUGGGAGAUGAUAAUGUCGAGAUGGAGGGAUUCCGGUUCUGGAAGACUGGGUAUUGGAAGGAUUUCCUGCAGGGGAGACCGUAUCAUAUCAGUGCUUUGUAUGUUGUGGACUUGGCCCGAUUCCGCCAGAUCGCUGCAGGGGAUAUUCUUCGAGGCCAAUACCAGCAGCUCUCACAAGAUCCGAAUUCUUUGGCGAAUCUGGAUCAAGACCUUCCGAACAACUUACAGCGUGAAGUGCCGAUAUUCUCUUUGCAUGAAGAUUGGCUUUGGUGCGAAACCUGGUGCAGCAAAGAUCGCUUACAUCGCGCAAAGACCAUCGAUCUGUGUCAAAAUCCACUCACAAAAGAGCCCAAGCUCUCUCGCGCCCGCCAGAUCCCAGAAUGGGAAGAAUAUGACGCGGAGAUCGCACGUUUUGCACGGUCACUGGCGGAUGCGGGGAAAAUUCGGAGUCAUAUCGCUGCGGCAGACUCGAAUGUACUGGCUUCUUCCAUUGGUGCGAAUGGUGGGACGACGAACGCUAAUGCUAACUCGGAUGAUAACGGGGGUGAAGAUAGGGAAGGCGACGGAGUGGGAGAGGGAGACGGUACAUGGAUCGUGCGUCUACCGACAUCAAUGUUUGAACACAAGCACUUAGACCACUUAAACCUCCAACAUCACGACCAAAAUCCCGUCUACAACCCAAUAGACAUUUCCACUAACUACACAGAGUACGCAAAUCCGCACCAGAAAGCGUACGGAAACUUCUCCAAAUGCAUAUAG